AUGAUGUCCGUCGAGCGGGACGUCAGCCUCGUGCUGAUGGCUGUCGCGUGUCUCCUGGUGGAGCACUGCGCGCCGUCGUGCCUCGGGAAGUCUGUGCUGAGAUCCGGUAGUAUAUCGUGCGAGGAGAAGCAGAUUAUCUUGAACGAGCACAAUCGAUUGAGGCAACUAGUGGCGCUGGGACAGAUACACGGUCAGCCCAGCGCGGCGAACAUGAUGGAGAUGAUAUGGGACGAUGAACUCGCCGCUAUAGCGCAAAGAUGGGCGGAUCGUUGCGCCGAAUCGCACGACAGUCUAAGAAACGUCCGCAGAUUUGCAGUAGGACAGAACAUCGCUCGCACGUGGACGACCAGGCCUCCGGGGCUUUACGACGGCGAGCCGAAUUGGCGACGGCAAAUUUCUAGCUGGUUCAACGAGGUGCAGUACUACCACACAGGUUACAGCAAAGCCACUGGGCACUACACGCAGCUGGUGUGGGGCGACACUUUUCUGCUGGGAUGCGGAUACUCAUUCUACUACGACCCGGCUCGCGGAUACACCAAGAAUUAUGUAUGCAACUACGGGCCGAGCGGAAACGUGCUCGGCUAUCAACCUUACAAAUCGGGCCAGCCAGCGUGUGGCAGUUAUGGAAUGUCCUACAGCAACAGAUACGCCGGAUUAUGCUCGCGUGGAAGUUAUUAUCACCUGGGAGCGUUGUGUGUGUACGGCUAGCGCCGUUACACGGCGCGGCUAUUCGCGAAGAACACCGCCGGGUUCGGACGCAGAGAACCCACCCCGG